UGCAGAGAGUUUGGAGUAAAAUAACUGAAUCUCAUCUGGACUCGGCGGACACACGCAGAAUUGGCAGGACGGAUCCGAACCCCUGAGACGAGACUGAAGAUGACCACAGCGAAGAUGCUGGCGUUGCCUCUUCUCAUCGCUUUGUUGCACAGUCCUGUCUGUCUGUCAGUGACUGUGAGCAGCAGUAAACCCAAAGUGGAGGUCCACGAGCACACAAAUGCAGUGCUCGCCUGUGAGUUUAGGACAGAGAAAGAUCAGAACCCUCGAAUCGAGUGGAAGAAGAAAGGAAAGGGGGUGACAUUUGUGUACUUUAAUAACAAAUUUACUGGAUCUUACUUGGGGCGGGCCAAGAUAGAAGGAGCGACGCUGACGAUACACUCUGUUACUCAGAAAGACUCGGGGGAGUACCGCUGUGAGGUGACUGCCAGCGAGGACCAUGUUACCCUGGGAGAGGCUACUGUAACCCUCAAUGUGCUUGUGCCUCCUCAUGUCCCAUCCUGUGAGGUGCCAAGCUCUGUGUUUGUCGGCUCAGACCUUGAACUUCUCUGUAAGGACAAACUGAGCAUGCCUCCUGCCACCUACCGCUGGUACAAAGACAACAAAGCUCUGACGGCCACAGCAGACACUCCAUACAGCAUUGACACAAACAAGGGCACACUGAAGUUUAAGAGUGUGUCCAAAACAGAUGCAGGCAUGUACCGCUGUGAGUCCUCCAACAGUGUGGGGGCACCCAAGAGUUGUGUGGCCCAACACCUGAAAGUUAUGGAAUAUCCUUUGAAUAUGACAGUUUUGAUAGCAGGUGCUGCAGGUUUUCUGACGCUCAUCCUUUUCUGCUGCAUCUGUGUGUGUGUCUGCCGACGUCGAGGCUGCUGCAAGAAGCAAAAGAAAACAAAAAGCAUCAAGUCUUACAACCCUCCUCCUCCACCUCCUCCCACCCGCAAUCUCAAGCACUACAAACAAACUCAGUCCUUCAUGAUCUGAGGAAACACUCUGUCAGUCUGACUUCAGACCAUCCAGAUUCUAAAGUGUACACUCACUGUUCAUCACACUGGAAACGUACUCAGCUGGCGCCUUGGUUUUGGAUGUCUGCCCAUUUCUGCCUUUGACGGACAUAGAAACAAGCAUAUCUUCUAAUAUCAAGAAAAACCGAAGAGUUGAACAAGAUUUUUUGCAAAAAAACCUUGCUGCUUCCCAAACACUGACAUUUGUGUGUUGCCAGUUUGGUAGAGGGUUCCUAUGUCCAAAUCUACUACACACUACCAGUACUGUAAACUCAAGGUUCAACUCAACUUUUUCAAAUGCUGUGUAAUGUUUCAUUAUCUUCUUUUUUUUUUUUUUUUUAGUUUAUCCAGUUUUUAAAAUCUUGUUUUUAAAUCUAUUUUUUACACCUCCUCUCAGACAAGUCUAGCAAGACGAUGUCUUGGCUCUCUUAUGCCACCUAUAGGCACGUAACUGUCCACACUGAUAAUGGUAAAUGCUGUAUAUAGCUUGUCACAAAUAGCUUUAUCUUUCUUAGUUCUUUCAGUUAAUAUUUACAUAUAGAGAUGUUGUUUUAUAUGAGGUUAAUUUUUCUGUUUGUCAUUUUUAUAUAUUUUUAUAAACCUGCUCGUGUGUUGAUCUCAUAAUUGUUCUUUGUUUAACGUUUGGUUGUAUCAAUUUAAAUGAUGUAAAUCGAGUGACAAAUGAACAGGUGUCUGCACACACUGAAUGGUGCUUUGGAGGCUUUUUCAAAUUUUUGAAACUCAAAUAUUUGGUGAAUCUAU